AUGAAAGCAGACGGACACUCAUCCACUGUGUUCCCCAAAGGCUACAACAAAACUCCAGGCGACUUGGAUGCUUCCCUGUCGGUUUCCGUUCCAUACACGCUCGCAUGUGAGCCGCAUACGGUUUACACUGGUAUAAUCCCAUACCUCUCUUCACAAGCUCGCCGCACUAUUCGCUCGUACAAUGGCGGCUCCGGUGAAGACGAAGAAGCCGAAGCAGACACGCCAACUGUCCCAGAGGCCUGCGGCUGUGAAGCUACGCCAAAUCCGACGACAGCGCACCGCGGACGAGCGCAUGGUGGAAAAGAUCAGCAGCCAGAGACGGAGCGCGCUGCGUCGAGCCCUGCGGCAGUCAUUGCACGCGACGACACGCUAUCUACCUCACGCGAGGCUGAGCAGACGAUCGGCAAGGCAUUCGAGACCCAUGCAAGUCUGUUUGUCUGGGACGGAGAGGAUGAGCCUCUACCACAUGAACUGCUGGAUUUGGGUGUUUGA